AUGGACGCAUCAGCGAAACGGGCGCCCCCGAGCUUGUCGCCCGAGAAGCGCGUACCCACAGCCCCGGCGCGCAAGUUGGGCUCGGGUGCGCCGCGCCAGCAUAGCCGUACAGCCUCGCUGUCUGCCCAUGCCGCGCCGAUCACCGAUGUCAUUCCGGAGAAUUCCACAGACGAUACCAGUGCCAAACAGAAACGUGAGCACUCCAGAAAUUUUUCACGAAUUCAUUCCCGCAACUUGUCGGCGUUUUUUCCUCGUCCAGGCACAGAGGCCGAACGUGAAAUGCAGACCGCCAAGGCGAAUAACCUCGAAGCUCCGGUGGGCGAGGCGCCCGCUGGCGAAUUGACACCAGAACAAGCUUCUCUAGAGAAACGGAGGCACCGACGAAACGAGCGCAGAGUAAGCUACUUACUUGCCCAUGCGGCCAGCGAAUCGGAGCAAACGCCGCGUUGGCCUUCCUCGUCGCAGUUGGCACCCGUCACACCGGAUCUGUCCCAACUUAUAUCCCCUGACAUAAGCAGGCAUCGAAGCACCUCUGCCGCAUGGUCGUCUUUGCCAUCUCGGUCGGUGUCAGGUGUAUACUCGCCCGUGGAAGCAACUACACCCGAACCUACACAAGCAUUGCCAUGCAGUAAGUCGACCUUAUUGGGAUACAGUGCCAUCCAUUUCAGCGUCGGUGUAGUGCUAUGGGUACUAGGUCAAGUGCGUGACUCGCUGGCAUUGGUUGGCUUCGGUUUGUUGAUGGUAUUCGAUACGCUGGGCUUGAUCCACGCCGCCAUCUCGCCUUUAUGGGCCAGCACCACGAGUGAUGAAAAGUCAUUGCAGCGGCCCUACGGGCUUCUUCGUGUGGAGACGCUGUAUGACUUUUCCGCUGUGGUCUACCUGCUCUUUGCAGGUAUCUAUAUGUGCAAGGAGAAUGCCGAGCAUGCCUUGCUAGCGUCCAGCUCGCCGCAUGAAGAGGAUCGUGAUGGACUGCACUUACCUAGCCUUUUGUUGUGCCUAGUACUUCUGUUAUGUAUUGGCACCAAUGUGGUUUUGCGGAAUCAUGCACGUCUAGCCGCGGCUUGUGGGAUCAACAAUGAAGCCGUGAACACCAAUUUGGAUGGCAGACAUACAAAGCGUACUCAUACGCGCAAUACGUCCGUCCUUGCCCGCCCUAUCAUGGCGGCAGGUCCCAUGUAUGAUGCGUUUAUGAAUCCGUUCUCUGCAAUGAUCUUGUUCUUUGCCAUGGUGCUGGCAGUUGCCGCCUUUGUCUUGCCCCCUGCGAAUGCCUCGGCGUUUGACAAGAUUCUUGCAGGCCUCGAAGGUGCAAGUAUGAUGUAUGUGAGUGUGACAGCGCUCAAGCCCUUGUGCAAGAUUCUGUUACAGGCAUCUCCGCCCAGUACCAACGUGCAAGUGCCGCAGCUGUACCGGGCAUUGCACAACAUUGAAAGUCAUCAUGCGGUGGUUCGCUUGAACAGAGUGCAGAUGUGGCAGCUGACGUUACCAUCGCUUGUGUUUAAGCAGAGCAGUGCGGGUGUCGAGCAGAAGACCGGGCUUGCUGGCGUGAUGUCGAAACGUUCAGACAGCAAACAAGCAUCCUUGGUUGUUCAUAUGCAUGUGCAUGUUAAGCAAGAUGCGACAGAGCGUGAUUGCAUGGAGGUAACGCAAUUCGCUUGGCAGCAAUGUGCCCCGAUUCUCGGUGUGUCGCCCCAUGUGAAACCUGGCGAUGCCUUGCAUGGCUCUCGCACGGCAGGGGACCUCGUCAUUCAGGUGACACGAGAGGGUGAACAAUUACCCCAUGAUCAUCACAGUCAUGAUCAUGACCAUCAUCAUCACCACAGUCAUCACCAUCACCAUCAUGACCACAGCCAUGGUCAUAACCAUGAGCACCAUACGCACCAUCAUGACCACAGCCAUGAGCACCAUAAGGAGUCGUCCUCGGCCAAGAUGCCACUACCUUCAAUUGUAUCCGAAGUCGUGGAGCCAUAA